GGCUGCCUUCUAGGGAACGGAGAACGGUCAGGCAACGUAGACCUCGUCACCGUCGCACUCAACAUGUACACGCAAGGCGUGCCCUGCGGACUGGACUUCAGCAAUAUACAAUCCACGAUAGACCUCGUGACCGAGCUCACCUCCAUCCCUGUCCAUCCCCGGCACCCCUACGCCGGGGAGCUCAUCUUCACCGCAUUCUCCGGACAGCACCAGGACGGGAUCAAGAAGGGGCUCGAGGCCCAGGUGGCACGGCACGCAGUCGCGAAAACCACCGGCCAGCCGCUGCUCUGGGACGUUCCGUACCUCCCGCUGGACCCCGCGGACAUCGGGCGGACGUACGAGGCUGUCAUCCGAGUCAACUCCCAGUCGGGCAAGGGCGGGAUCGCGUACGUCGUCAAGGAGCGCCUGAAGAUAGACCUCCCGCGGGCCGUACAGCAAGACUUCUACCGCGUCGUCCAGGAGCAGACGGAGCGACGCGGGUGCGAGAUGUCUCCCGAGGAUAUCGUGGCGGUCUUCCGUGAGACGUACCACUUCCCAGGUAGUCACUCGCAUGCGGGGAUGUCGCUCGCGGACUGUGUCGUCUCCGAGAGGAUGCAAGACGGCACACACAUCGUCGUCUUCGAGGGUGCGGUGGUCAUCGGUGAUACGACCUAUGUGUUGCAUGGAGAGGGUGCGAGCCUCGCUUCUGCGGUGGUCGAGGCACUCCAUACUCGCCUCGGUGUGAGCCGCUACUUGGUCGAGGCACACACUUCUGCCGCAGACGGGGGAGGCGUCUCUGCAUUCACGUCCUUCGUGUUGCUCAGCGAGCGCGAAGAGGAACGGUCACCAGUGCUCUGCACAUGGGGAGUGGGCAUGGACCCGAGCGCCCCUCGUUCUACGGUGCUCGCAGUCGUGAGCGCGGUUAGCAGGACCAUCGGCAGUAGCCCCACUGGCAGCCUCGUCCCCGCAACCACGAUCAUGUCCUGGAAAGACGUGAUGCGCGUCUUACAGACCGACUACAGGUUGCAUCUCCCGGACGGGAUGCACGACACGCUUUCCAAUUUCUGCGUGGACGGCAGUGCGCGCUGCAUGUCGGCGGCCCAGCUCGCGGCGCGCUUCAUCGCGCAUUAUUGCUACGGGUCGUCGAAGGAGCCCUCGCCGUGCAGAGGCAUGCAACUCUGCUCGUUCUCGAUCACGAGCCAGACAGGGCCUGUCCGUGCCUUGCAGCUGGACGCGACGAUCGAGCUGCACGGGGCGCAGAAGUCGCUGUCCUGCACGGGCGCGGAUGUGGUAUCCUGCUUCCUGUCGGCGGUGAGCGACGAUCUGGGGGCGCUGCAGGUACGCGAGGUGGUGGUCUCUCCGCCGACGGGCCGCCCAGACGGAAGCGGUGCGGGGUACGCCAGCUUCGUACGACUGGCCUCUCUGACGGAUGGCUCGCACGAGGCGUGGGGAAUCGGUGUUGAUACUGAUAUCACCACGUCCAUGCUGAAAGCGACUCUCGUGUCUGCCGUCAACGCGUCAACUGUGGCUCAGGCACCCUCGUCUGAAUCUCCCUUAGGCGUCGUCAUAUAACCGUAUGAAGUGGUUCGAGCUAUGCAUCGUACGUACGACGUUCGCGUGUAUCCCUCCAUGUACAUUAGGUAGAGUUCCAACGUUCAAGGCUGGUGAGCGCCAGUCUCUCUAAGAAA